AUGGAGAGCGGCCCCGGGAGCCUGCAGCCGCUAGAACACGGGGUGGCCGCCGAGCCAGCGCCAGGGACAGGUUCUCCGCAGGAAGGGCAACCGGAGACCAGGCUCGCCGCUGGGGAUGGUCCUGGAGUAUGGGCGGCGGAGAGCAGCGGCGGGAAUGGGCAGGGGGCGGCGGCCGCCGGGAGGAGCCUCUCGGACUCGGUUUCUCCCGCCGGCUCUCCUCAGGUUCCCGGACCCUGCAGCUCCUUCCCGGGCUUGGACUUAAAGGAGAGCGAUUUGAAGAAUCCUUCCGCCCAGAAGACGCCUCCGAGAGGGCAGCACAAGGUGACCGCCUCCCCGGAGACAGCCGAGGCCGGAGCGGACCAUGGAUCGGGUCCGGCCGGAGACGCCGGCCCCCGCCCGGAUGCCGCCGGCACCUGCCGGGCAGAGUUGGCGGCCGCCGGGUCCGAGGAGCCCAGCAGCGCCGGCGGCCUCAGCAGCAGUUGCAGCGACCCGAGCCCUCCUGGGGAAUCGCCGAGCCUGGACUCCCUGGAGUCGUUCUCUAACCUGCAUUCUUUCCCCAGUAGCUCUGAGUUUAAUAGUGAGGAGGGAGCGGAGAACAGGGUCCCUGGGGAGGAGGAGGAGGAGGGCGCGGGCGCGGCGGUGUUGCCCGGGGCUGUGCCUCUCUGCCGAGAAGAAGAGGAGGAGGAGGGGGAGGAAGCUCAGGUAUUGGCGGCCUCCAAGGAACGCUUCCCGGGACAGUCUGUCUAUCACAUCAAGUGGAUCCAGUGGAAGGAAGAGAACACACCCAUCAUCACUCAGAAUGAGAAUGGACCCUGCCCUUUGCUGGCCAUCCUCAAUGUUUUGCUUCUGGCCUGGAAGGUGAAACUUCCACCGAUGAUGGAAAUCAUAACUGCUGAACAGCUGAUGGAAUAUUUAGGAGAUUACAUGCUUGAUGCAAAGCCUAAGGAAAUUUCAGAAAUUCAACGUUUAAACUAUGAGCAGAACAUGAGUGAUGCUAUGGCAAUCUUGCACAAACUGCAGACAGGCUUGGAUGUAAACGUAAAAUUCACUGGUGUUCGAGUAUUUGAAUAUACACCAGAAUGCAUUGUAUUUGAUCUUCUUGAUAUUCCUUUGUACCAUGGGUGGUUAGUGGAUCCACAGAUUGAUGACAUUGUAAAAGCUGUUGGUAACUGCAGCUACAACCAACUAGUGGAGAAGAUCAUCUCUUGUAAGCAGUCAGACAAUAGUGAGCUCGUUAGUGAAGGCUUUGUAGCUGAGCAGUUUCUAAAUAACACAGCCACUCAACUGACAUACCAUGGAUUAUGUGAACUAACUUCAACGGUUCAGGAAGGAGAACUUUGUGUGUUCUUUCGGAAUAAUCAUUUUAGCACCAUGACCAAAUACAAGGGUCUACUGUAUUUGCUGGUAACAGACCAGGGGUUUCUUACUGAAGAAAAAGUUGUUUGGGAAAGCCUACACAAUGUGGAUGGUGAUGGAAAUUUCUGUGACUCAGAAUUUCAUCUGCGGCCUCCCUCAGAUCCUGAAACCGUAUACAGAGGACAGCAAGACCAGAUAGAUCAGGACUACCUUAUGGCAUUGUCUCUACAACAAGAGCAGCAGAGCCAAGAGAUCAAUUGGGAACAAAUACCUGAAGGAAUCAGUGAUUUAGAACUAGCAAAGAAACUCCAAGAAGAAGAAGAUAGACGGGCUUCUCAAUAUUAUCAGGAACAGGAACAAGCAGCAGCAGCUGCUGCUUCUGCUUCUACACAGGCCCAGCAAAGCCAGCCAGCACAAGCCUCUCCAAGUAGAAGACAACCUGGGAAUAGUGAACGUAAACGAAAGGAACCUCGAGAAAAAGAUAAAGAAAAGGACAAAAAUAGCUGUGUCAUUUUGUAACAAGUGUUGGAUUCUGUUGGAUGCAUCUAUAUGUCUUGAGAAACAAAACCACACGAGGAAAGGAAGAAAAACCGAUAAAUACCGUCUGUGCCUGAUUUCCCAAUGGAUUUUGUUCAUGUUUUUCAGGGGAAAGGUUGUUACUUAGUUACAAUCAGACUUUUUCAAGUCACACAGUACACUCUUUAUGAGCUGGAGUUUCAUGUUACAAGUUGGAAAUGCUGUGUGUUAUCAUUCAUGAAAAAUACUGCACUUGUAGCCAAAUAAGCAAAUCACAGCAAAUUUUGUGUCAUAGUGACAUUCAUAACUCAUAUCAGUUAGUAAGCUAUUUUAUCUUCUGUUCUAACAAUGAAUGGAGAUAACUUAUUUUGUCUGAUUCCUUCCUGAAAUCUAAAUAUUAGCACAGUAGUUUCUGAAAUUAAUUUUUACAAUGUUAAAUUAUGAUCUAAUCCAAGAGAAACCAGGGGUUUAAUAUAGGGAUAUGAAAAGAAAACAAAAACAAACACAAACAACAAAAGAACCGAGACAAAAAAAAAUAACAGAAAUAAAUAAAUAAAUAACCCUUAAUCCUGUAUUGGACUAGUUCAGCCCUUGAACAGCUUUACCUUUCUUUAGGAAUGUACAUUUUAGAUAUUAUCUUGAGAACUGAUAACGGAGCUUGGGUUUAAUUUAGAUAGAAAAAAAUAAUUUGUAUUUCUUUUCCAAUAGCAAAAAAUUGCAUAACACUAAUACUCAUAUUCUAUCCAAAUCAGAUAUUAAUGACUUUGUAGUCUUGUGAAAUUUUGAGGAAUUUUGAAAUCUUUAAUAUAGGUAACUUGUACUACAGUUACUAUUUAUUGACAGUGUGAUAACUGAGUAUAAGAAGGAAACCAGCGUGGAUGCUAGGCCUUGUAAAUAUGGGAUGUAGAAAAGCAGAUAGUUCAAUGUCUACCUUUUUCUAGAAUUACCUUGAACCUUAAAAUUUAAAUCAUGUUUAUUUGCUGGAAAAUUAAGUAUACUUAUUAAAGCCAACAAAAAAGCACAUUUCUGAAAGGAAGUUAGAAAUAAUCUCUGAGUCUAGUGAAAAAGCAUUAAUAAAAAUCUGUUUGAAAAUAGAUAAGAAUUGGGAGGAAUUUAUGUAAAAGCAAUCAGAUUUUUUUUAACUUAUGGGAACCAAAUAGACCUAUAACAUCUUGUAGUGUUUAUAGGAUUCAGAAAGAAAUAUUUAUUGAACUUUAUUAUGAGGCAACACAUAUUUUCCUGUAUUUCUACUAUCCUUAAUAGUCCUUUUUAUAUGCUUUAUAUUUAAAAGUUUGUUUUAGUUAUUUUUGAAAAGACUAUUGCUGCUGCAAGUAGUCAUGUGAUUUACAUUCUAAGCCUCAGUAAAUUUCUUUAAGAGCGUCUUAAUCUAACCUGAGCAUCCACUUGGAGAAUGUUCAUGUGGUCUAGAGUUCUUAAGCUAUGUCCUUAACAUUCUCCAUGAUCCAAGACCACUUAUAGGAUGAGUCUAUAUGUAAAAAUAAAAAGUAAAGUCUUAUUUAUGGAAGGAGUUAUUCUAAGGGAAAAUCCAGGGUCAAGCUAUAUCUUUUAUGUCAUGUCCUUCUGCAUUUCAUGUCUGGUUAUGUUAUACCAUUUGUUUAUUCCUUCAGAUUUCCUAUGCUAGCAUGAUAAAUCAUCAUAGAACCUGUUUGGGGUAUAAAACUUUGAUACAAAAUAUUUGGUGAGUCUCUAGUUAAUAACCUACAAUAUGUGUACAUUGGUAAAGUAAUCAAAUGUACUACAGAAUUCUCUGUUGGCUCUUGCAGUUGACCUUAGUCCAAGCUUACUCUUGAUAUCACUCUAUUGGUUGAAGGAGGAAACUCAAACCUCAGGGUUUGUUUUUCCUAGAACAGAUAGUAGUGGUAGUGCAUUAUAUUUUAAUAAGAAAAAGCAAAACAGUAAAUCCUGAGAAAUUUUAAAAAGCAUAUUUGAGGCAUAUUUUUCCAUAAUUAUAUACUUAUCUAUUUAUUACCCUUGAAAAAUAUAUGUGUAAAAGUUAUUCUUCUGUUAUUUGUUACUAUCUUCUUAAUUUGUUCCAAAGAUAAUACUGCCAUUCUGCAUUCCCCUUGGAAGAAAAAAAAACUCAAAACCAGCAGUGCUGCUAUCAGAUAAAUAGAUGUCAAUGUAUACUUAUAAAAAAUAACUAAAAAAUGUCAUGUGUUUAUUAAUUCAACCUUUUUUCUAUGUAAUAUUUCCAAGUCAGACUUUCUUACAUUCCUGGAGUUCAGUUUAAUAUACCAAGAGUAAUAAUGAUAAAAUGUUUGCUUUGAUUACUGUGAGGAAAAAAUUAAAUGUUCAGUUCUAUUAAACUUCUUGGAGAUACUGCUUUCCCAUCCUUGAAGGUUAGAGCCAUUGUCUUUAUUUUCUUGUAUUUUGCUCAAGGCAACAAAUUAUAUAUUCAGACAUUUCAUUGCUGGUUUGGGUACAUUGGAAUUUGAUAGUGGUAUAUUCAAGUCUUUCCUUCAGUGUUUUGAAAACUGUUACAUGAACUGCUAGCAGAAGUUAGAACUUAAACAUUUUUGUUGUUAAUAUUUAUAGGCUAGAUUAGGGAAACAUUUGCAUCAACUAAUCACUAUUAGAUUUAGCAAAAGAGAUAUGAAUGAGUGGAUAUGGUCACUAUACUUUAUUGUACUUUCAAAGGCUAUUUCUUAAGUUUAGUGACCAGUCUUCCUUACCAGUAUGAAAAUUGUCCUGAUGUGUAAUCCCAUUGAAUUAAUAAUGCUGUGAUUUACAAUAGGUUAUCAACAUUAAAAGUAUGUGUGUGUGUGUUUCUGAAGCAAGGAUCCAUGAUUUCUAUUAUCAUUUGAACUGUCCCUCAAAUUUAAGAAUUACCAUUUAAGAAUACACACACAUAUGUACAUACAUUAAGCAGUUUGAGGCAGCUAAAAUUUGCAUUGGCUGCUUCCUGUAAUAUGCUGGUCCAAUAUGCUUAGGUGAUGUAACUUCUUCCAUGUUUCAAGGUGUCAGUUUAGCGGUCGAAUGAGGCAUAGAUUUAAAUUUAGGAUUAGGUUUUGGAAUGUAUUUUGUUUUAGUGUCUUGUAUUUGACAACUUACCCCAUAUUAUAUUUCAAAUUCUUCCUCAUACUUCUUGAUCUUAGCUUAAUUAAGCAAAUCAGUAUCAGAGAUUAGUUGACUGAACCCAACAUUAACCAUUUUGUACUUGCACAAAAACCUAAUACUUUGUUUUUACUGAAUCACCAGCUCAGGUCACUAAGAAAGAUCUUGAGAGGAAGGAAGACUAGAAGUCAAAUAGAUAUUUAAGUAAAGAAUUGUUAUAGUCCCUAUAUUAAUGUUGGCAUAUGAAGCAGAUAUCUGUCAAGUCUUACUGGAGAAAUAAUCAAGGCGAGAAUUUCCAGGGCUGUCCUCUAACUCAUUUAUUAAAAAAAAAAAAUUCUUUUAAGCAAAAAAGCAAACUGAUUAUUACAUUUCACUUAAUUUCCUAUUAAAUAUACCAGUUAUUUUAAAAUAUGGGAAAAUUAACAGGCUUUACCUAUCACAAUACUUGGGCAUACAACUUAAACUAUCAUUGUAAACUUAUUAAUGCUUGAUAAAAUAACAUGGAGGCAUUAAAGAUAGUACAUAAUUUGUAUUUUAAGGAACUGCAAAUGUGGAAAUGUUGGAAGUCUGAACUGUUUUAGGUCUAAAAAUCUGGCUUUUAUCUUUCCAAAAUGGGCAAACUUUCUGUGCCUCAGUUUAUUCUAAAUAUGUAAAAGAUGCUCAUUUUUUUAGUGCUUUAUACUCCUGAAUAAAGGGCAUAGUAUAAGCUCAGAAUAUGACUUAAAUAAUCAUAAAUAUUAUGGUUUUUGUUCUUGAGUGUGCAGAACUUUCUCCCAAUGACAAUAUUUCUUAAAGUCAGUUUUUUUAAUGCUGUUAAAAUUUGUAGAAUUAUCUUGUCUUUGAGUAUGGCAUCAUCUCUUCCCAAAAUGUAUUUUGUGGUUGCUUUUGUGUUUUGAUCAAAAUUGAGAUUAUUUUGAGAGUAUAAGAAGCAUUAAAAGUCUAUUUUUUCCAGUAUCUUUCAUAUAUCUAAAUACUUAGAUUCUCUUUGCCUUUUUCUCCAUGGAACGAAGUAUAGUGGUAUCAGGUUACUAAUACAUAUAUGUAAACUUUUGUGCAUGGAUGGAAUUCAUUUAGGUCUGUCAAGUACUGUCAUUUUUAGAGCUAUUUGAAUUAUAUCUGUUUUUUAGUAUAAAAUGUUAUUUGAUAAUGUGCAGAUAAAUUCCUUUUAGAAAGUGACUAAAAAUCAGAGUUCUUCGGUUCUCUGGGAAUAUAGUGGUGUUUGUUUUGUUUUACUGUGAUAUCCAACACUUCUACAGCUGCUGAGAAAAUCUCAUGAAGAACUAGGUAACUUUUCUCAGGUAACACUUUAAAACAAACUAAAGUUUAAAAUCGAAGCCUUCUUGGCCAAAAAAAUUGCAAAAUAGAGAUAAUGGAGUCUGAGGGACAGAUUGCAGGACCCAGGUAAUUUUAACUUCUUUUGAAGAUCUAUCUAAAUUUUAGUUUACACAUGUCUGUUACUUAAUCCCAGUGUCUCUGUUAUUAGAAAUUGGGCCAAAGUCUUCAAUAAUAGCUGAACUAUUAUCAAGUUCAGCUUUGUCCUACUGUCCUGAGAUUUAGACUUCUCUGCCUAUAACUGGUAUUUUUGAGAACAUGGUACUAUCCCAGAUAAGGUAUUGAAAUACCAUGGCAGAAAUACAAAACCUAAACUAUAAAUCACUGUAGAUUUAAAAGACAAAAAGUUCUAGUAUUAUUCUACAAUGCAUCUACUUUAUUUGAUACUAAUUUUAAGAAUUUUUUUCAAAUCACUUAAUAAUUUAUCAUUAACUUUAAAAACUUUAUAUCCUUCCUCAUUGCAGUAUAGUGCUUUGAGAGGCAGAGAUGCCUCCUAGAUUAGAGGAUGCACAAAGCAAAAUUCUGAAGGUGAUUCUGGCUUCUUUGGGUCUAGUAGUCACACCUUUAAAUAGGAAGUCAGGAAAUUGAAAUGCCCAUUUAAAUUCCCAAAUCAGUGACCUGUCUAAAUGGGCAUUAUUGCUGAAAUACCACUAUAGAGUAGUUCUAACUAACAAUAUGUUUAAAGACUAAGAUUGGCAUUUAAUCUUUGAAGAUCUGUCCGGGGUGUCUCGAUUUUGUCAGUUUUUAUUCCUUUUUACAUCUUAGUUGUAUGAGGUAAUCAUUUUUUUUCCCCAGAGUACAUAGGAUAUCACAGCUCUAUAGAUUUUUAAAGAUGGGACUUUGAAAAAUGGUUUUUGUUAAAAAGCAAUUUUCCUUAGUAAAAUGACAACCACUGUUUUCACAGGCCCACACAUCACAAGUAGGACAAUAUGAUAGAAGACUGAUGUAUGAUAGCUACACAACAGUCAGCAAAAGGGAUAAUCUUCACUUGUGACACUUUAGAGGUACCUGAAAGUCAUUUCCUAAAGUUUGUGCAUGUGAGUCUUUUUCCUUGAAUUGUGCAGAAUAAUUGGAUGUGGCCAAUUUUGGGGGGAAUAGCAAGUGAAGUAGUAUCAUGACUACAGAGCAAGUGAUCUUGAAAUGUAGUAAGAAGAAACAAAUUUCCUUCCUCCACUUUAAUGUCCAACUCCUUGGGUCAGGAAGUUGUCGUGACAUAUCAUAGCUCUCUUGGGUUAGGGCCAAGAGUGGCCAAUUGAAAUAGAGUUCUUAAAGAGUUUAAACAUACAGGGUAUGAGUGCUGGUUCUGUCCUCCUUUGCUUUGCUCUCUUAACGCCCUUUCUACUUCUAACUCAUUCAUUUUGCUUUAUGACCCCCUUUAAUUGCAAUGUGAGAAUAAUAGCAACUGUAGAGACUGAGACAAAACAGCAUUGAAAUACAUUUUUCAAAUGACACCUAAAAGCAUCUACCCAACUUAGAAUUGAACUGAAUCUCUAUGAAAGAAAGUUACUUGUUUUAAAUGCUAAUUGUGUUAAAACUAUUUAAUUCUAAAAACUAUGUCUUAAACAAGUUUCAAAAGCUUCACUUUUGGAGGAUAUUCCUAAAAAAGGCAUACUGAACAUAGAUGGGAAAGUAUAAAAUAUUUCUGACAGAGUUAUUCAGUAUUAUUCAACAUUUAAUUUCACGUUUGUUACUGUACCACAAGGAUAGUGUCAUUCUUGGAUUAAAAUGUUGGAUUUUUUUGUUAAUGUACUUAAAACUGUAACCAGUGAUAACACCCUUAGUAUUUUUUAUUAUAGAUUAUAUUUUAUUUCAAUAAACUUUGAUAUUUAGACCAAA